AUGUUGUUUUCUCACUCUUCAGGUGUGUUCACCAGGGAACCCAAAGAAGUUUUUGAUUUCUUAUGCAAAUUGAUAUCUCAAGCAAAAAGAAAAUGUAAGUUACACAUUUCAGUCUCCUAUAUUGGUCCAGUUUGCAAGAAGUAUUAGGUCUAAGAAAGGGGAGGGACAAUGUGAACACCAGUUUACUAGUGCCUGAUACAUAAUAAUAAUAAAGUUUAUUUGAAAAUCACGCUUCAUCCCCAAAGGCUCGAAGCGCAGUACAAAGUCAACCAUAUUAAAAGAGAAAUGCAAAAAAUCUAUAUUAUACCACAUUGAAAUACAAAACGCAACAUUACAAAAACUACAUACAAGAAUACCCAUUCUAAGUCUUUCAUCCCUUGCAACCAUAAACAACACAGGCCAAUAUACAUCUAGGAGAUAAUAGUUUCAGCCAUGAGGUAGAUAAUACAGAUUUAAAAGAUUUGUUACUCUGAAAAUUUUGACUGUGUACAAUAAAGUGUUAGUAAAAGAGUAUGUGAGGAAGUAUUUAUAUUUGGUAAUAGAAGCGGCUGGAAAAAUGUGACUUACAUAUUUUAUAAUACAAAAUCAAAGUAAUUGUGCCAUCACAGAAUUAAAUAUUUUUCUGCAGGACUUAUGUAAUAUUUAUUAUAUUUUAAAUUGUCGGUUGUCAGGUGCUAUUGUGAUGUACUUGUAAUUUCAAAGCAUGAAAUGUCAACUAUUUGCAUUUGUGGUGAACAUUUGGGAGGGUUGAUUGGAUAGAGCAGUGAAAAUUAUUAGCACUUUUGCCUUUUGAUUCUUCAUACUGCAUGUAGUUGCAGUAAUACCAUUCAGAUUCCUUUAACAAGCAAAGAGGCUGGUGACCCCAGAAAUGGCCGGCAAUCUUUGUUUCUAAUUAAUAUCUUAAACAGAUGGUGUUACCUUGCUGUUUGAUCAUUAUGUAACAUUGUGAUUAUAGACUUUGUCCACCUUGAUUACCAUAGUUUAAAACUUCAUUCGGUGCUCUAAUAAUUUAGUCAGCAUUGACUACAAAAAGGUCAAAAGAAAUCUGAAUUUAUUAGCAAAAAACAAAAGAAAUUUGUUGUUAGUAGCAAACAACAAUAACACAAAGGUUGACAUGUUUAUGUCUGAAAAGCCUUUGUUAAUGAAAGAUUUAAUUAACAUCCUUGAAUAGUAAGGCAAGAACCAACAAACUUUCUAUUAAUUAUUUGUUAAACAUAUAGCUGAUUAAUGGGUUUUGUUUUUGGCAGCAACUGGCAUUUCUCUGGAUCCAAUCUACAAAUGCAUGAACCGCACCAUCCUUUUUCAACUGUCUCGGCCCAUUGACUCUGUGGCCAGUCAGGCAGGUGUUCUGGAUGCCCUGCAUGUUCUUACAAACAACAGAACUUUGGUGUUUGGUCCAGGAAACCAUGAUAAUGAGUUUUUGGGCUGUUUGUGCUAUUGCCUGCUACAGCUGACCGAUGAUCCUGAAUCAAGGUCAGUUGUUAAAAUUAACCAUUGCCUUACCUGACCAAAAAAAAAUCUGGAUAUUCAAAAGGAACUGAUUGCUUUUGCUAAAAAUAACAUAAGCAUUUGAUUACAUCCCAAGGAUGCUGGAUGUUUGAAUCAAAUAUUGAAAGGAAUCCAAUGAUCAGUACCCUAAUUCCCCCUAAAGAAAAAAUAAAUAUUGAAAUAUUUACAGCUGACCUCUUCACUCCUUCAGUGUUACAUUCUCUGGUGCUACAUUCUCUGGAUAAACGUGGCUUAAGUUAAACUGAAAAUAUAUUCGUAAGCUCAUAGUGAUUUACUGAGGAGAAUUUUUAAAGUAAUAAAUGUCUACAUUACUUAGCUGAGUAUAUCCCAGUGGUCCUCAUAACAAAUAAAAAUGUCAAGUUUAAUUAUGUUGACCGGCCAGGUUUAUUUUUUUUACCUUGUCUAUAGUGGUGCUAACCUAAGUGAACCCAAGCCUAGAGCAACCACUUGGCAUGUCAACCCAGAGAUCCCUCCAGAUACAGACGCCAUGUUGAUUGAGAACCCAGGGGAAGAUAAUGAAGGGAGAAAUACAGUUUUGAGCCCUGCCCUCAGGCAAGGAAUGCAACUUGUCUCAACUGCUGCUAAAAGAGUUUGGGAUGAACUCUACAUUUAUAAGAAACCGGUGAUUAGUUUUUUUUUAAAUGUCUAUACUCAAAUAAUUAAAGAAUCAUUAACAAAUAGUAAAUUAAAUUCUACUUCUUUGGUUUAUAAAUUUUUAUUAUCUUAGAAUCUUCUAACCAUUUUUAAAGCUAGCUAAUGAUUCUAUAAAUGUCAAAUCUAUUUUAUUUUUAAAAACCAAAUAAAUUACAUUUUGUUUAGAGAAGAAAUGAUACCAAUUAGAAAAUGUCUCUGUCAAGAAGAGAUAUAAAAGCCUAUCUUUCAACAUGCUACUGCUUAUAAAAAAAACAUGAGCUCUUCACCAUUUCAAUCAUUCUGAAAAAGGGGUUUAAAAAUGAGAUGCAUGUAGUUUGGUAGUGUACUAGAUAUCAUGUUUGCCUCAGACUCAGUGAGUCCAUCCUUCAACCCUUGUCUGUUUCAAAAUAUUCUUGUCGCCUUUGUUUCUUUAAAUCUUAUUUUUUUAAACGGAUUUUUCUGUAACUAAUGUUGUACAGAUUUCUUUUUUUAGAAUACAUCAAAUCAUAGAAAACAUUUCUGUUCAUGCAUCUGCAGGAAUGAAAAUAUGAAGCAAAUAAAAAGUGUUUUGUUCUCUUUCAUCUUAAUUAGAGAGGAUGCAAUGGGGCAUAGUUCUCUUUCACAUUAAUUAGGGGGAAUGGAAGGGUAUAUUUUUAUUUGUCAUUUUAUUAAGCAGAGAGGGUUUCCCACUUCACACACACACCUUGUUUGUUUUAAUUGUUUUUUCAGCUUGUUCCUAUUUUAACUUAGUCCACAAUGCAAUUUGGCUAGGCUUUAAUCUUUUUGAUUGACCAUAUUUCAGGCCCUAGAAGACGUCUUUAGGACUCAGUUAAACAGUAGCAGUCCAACAAAGACCAUAGCUCCACCAGAUAUUAAUGCUGUUAGGUAAGCUUAAUUUGGAUGCUCUAUUCAAGAGUUAAAUUAAAAAUAAUAAAUUACAGUUGAACCCGGUUAUGUCGCCUGCCUAGGGGUUUGUCAAAAAGUGUCCAGAUAACCGAUGAUCGAGAAAAACAAAAACAAAUAUGACGGCAAUAAAUGACGGCAAUAUAUUAACAUGUGCUUGAAAUUUCCAUUAUACGGUUACUAUAACUAUAUUUAUAGUCUAUACAAGGCAGCGGCUCUCAAGACCAUGGAAAACUAAUAUACUCUACAGUUAAGAAGUAGCAACGAAAAUAAUUGUGUGGUUUGGGGGUCGCCACAACAUGAGCAACUGUAUUAAAGGGUCGCGGCAUUAGGAAGGUGGAGAACCACUGAUAAGGCAAGGCAUCCCCUUACUACUAAAAUACUGUUAAGUACUACUUAUUUUGAACUAUCAACUUUGGCAUGACUAAUUAAUUAAAGAUUUCCUUGACCAAUGCUUUAAUAGUUUUUGCACACGGUGAACUUUAAAUUGUGAAACUCUGAGAUAGUUGGCCUACUAUGGCAUAGCCAUUAUGCUAGUGACUGUGAAAGGCUGCCCAUAACAAUGUUUUGCACAAAGCAAAUUAUGAUAAUUUAUAAUAUGGACUAUGAACAAAGUAUGAUAAUUUUUAUUGGCUAGUCCAAAGAUUGCAUAGCGUUAAGAGGUAAAUUAAAAAAUCAAAAGGCCAUAUUUUUGCAGGAUCUCCAUUCCCACAAAAUAAACUUACACGAGUCAACACCUGGCAAUAUUGGACCAUACAUAUUACUGAAGCAUAAGUUAACACCCAAUUUAGGAAUUCUUUCACUCCUGUAUUUUGAGAAAUAAAUAAUUAUUUUCAAUUAUGCAAAAAAAUUUUUGUUGUUUGCUAUUUCCUCUGUGCGGAGAUCAAAAGCUGGUGAUUGGUCAUGUGUAUCGAGAUAACUGACGUUAAGGGGCAAAUUGUGCUCAAGAUAUUAGGGUUCGGCGACAUAAAAGAAUCAACAUAACCGAUGAGAAAAUGCUAAGACAAAGAGAGAAUUUGGUGGUUCCACUUCAAAAACGUCACCUUAAUAGGGUUGGCGAGUUAACUGAGGACGAGAUAAAUGGGUUAGACUGUAAUCUGUACACCCGGAAAUCUACAUUUGAAAAUGUCUUUAUAAUUGCAACACAAAUUGAACGCUUAAUUUAACAAAAUGCACCAAGUUAUUUAAUUUAUUUUUUUAACUUUAUUAAUAAAAAUGGGCCAUUUUCACAUGUUACAAAAUGAACAAAUUCCAACAAAUAUCAAAACUUUGAUUGAUGUGCUUUGGAAAAGUAUUGAAAAAUCAUCACAUAAUUAGGGGGCUCAGGUCACAAGAUAUUCAAUAAAAAAUUUUUUUAUCCUGACUUAUCCCUUGGCUCAAAACUAUAAAAAAUGAAUUAUAACAUCUUAAAGUUGUUUGAUUUCAUGUAGCUGUUAUUUUAUGUAAAAGUGUUAAUAAAUGUGUGCUAAGUAAUGACUUUUUAGUACCCAUAAACAAGCUCAAAUUGAAUGAUGAUAAGACUGAGCUGCUCCUCAUCGCGACCGCUCAGAAGCAAAAAUCUGCAAAUAACACGACAUCAAUUACUCUCUCAGGUGUGCGUAUUGAGUUAGCUCAAACAGUGUGGUACCUGGGUAUCUAACUAGAUAGAAGACUAACCUUGGAAAGUCGCAUUAACAUGCUAUGCAAGGCGAUUUUUCUAGAGCUGCGCAGGAUUAGUCACAUCGGGCCCUUCCUAACAAUUGACGCAACAAAGAGGCUGAUGUCUGCAUUUGUGCUACCACGCAUGGACUAUUGCAAUGCUCUCAUGGUGGGUCUUCCAGCUACGCUCCUAGAUAAAAUUAAAAUAGCACAGAAUAAUGCGGCUCGCAUUGUUCUUCGCAAAAGCAAGUUCGACUAUGCUAAAACACUUCUGAGAGAGCUGCACUGGCUGCCGGUCCGUGCUCGCAUAGAGUACAAAAUCGCAACGUUGUGCUACCGCUGCUUACAUGGCCUGGCGCCGUCCCAUCUGAAAGAGCUGCUGACGCCUUAUGUACCCACUAAACAACUCUGCUCAUCCGACAGUGGCAAACUCUCGACACCACGUGUUCGCCUAGAGACUUACGGAAAGCGCACUUUCGGAUUUUCUGGUCCAACAAUUUGGAACGCCCUUCCAGUCAAUCUCAGAAACAACCAGACACUGGAGUCCUUUAAAACCGAUUUAAAGACACAUCUAUUUUGCAAACACCUUCUGGGAUGAUUGUCUACCAUAUUUUCCAUUUAAUGCAUAUUGGCUGUGUUGCUUAGGGUUGAAAUGGGUAGAAAGACUUUGACUUGGUAUGCUUGUAAUUAGUUUUUGUAGUGUUGCGUUUGUUUUAAAUGUGGUAAAUUAUUAUUUUUUAAAUUUUUUUUUUACUUUGUACUGCGCUUCGAGCCUUUGGGGAUGAAGAGUGUUUUUGAAAUAAACUUUAUUAUUAUUACGCCCUUUAAAAAAUUGUGUACAAUUUUAUAGACUGCUGAUUCAGGAGGCAGCAUCCAAGAUUUGGGUCAGUUACGCAGAAAAUGAACGGAAAUCCUCUUUCUUGCAAAUUGACAAGUUACAGAACCAGAUUCAGUCUGUAAGUUUUUAAACUUAUUUUCAAGUUUAAUCAUAUCUUUUUAAAAUUUCAGUUGCAUAACAAAAAUUAAUUAUCAACAAAAAUUUGGUAUAAUUAUAUUUAAAUGAUUAUUUCUUAUCCAUUUCUUGGUUACCCUGUGCAUUUUUCAGAUCUUUUUUUCUUUCUUAAUGGGUGUUAUUUAUAUGAUCAUCAAGACAUUUUUUGAUCAGCACAAUUUUUCAUGUGUUAGUUACACAGUACUAGUAAAUCACUUGGCACAGGUGAUGUAUGGCUGCGUAAAUUUGUGUUGAUUUCAUAAAGUAAUAAAAAUAUUACUUUGGUAAUAUUGCUGUGAUAUUUCUUUAGAAACUACAAAAAGUGGGCAGUGGCAUGAGUGGUGUACUGCGUAUGGCAUCAAGGAGAACCAAGAGAGAUUUACCAUUGAAGUCAUCUCCUGUUUCAAAUGUUCAUGUGAAUGUAAGUCUGGUAGACUGCUUCUCAUGUGAGUAACCUGGUAGAAAUGUUAUAGAAAUGUCCAUAGGGCCACUCAUUGAUUUUUCUUCAAUUAUUCUUUAUAGAUUCUAUCAGGUGAAGACAAUUUUAAUGUUAAAUCUAUAGAAAAUCAAAUAAUGAGUUGUUUUUAUCCAUUUUUAAGAAAUGCAUUGCAAGAAUGGAGAUGUUUUUAAUAAUAUUUGAUUUUUUGAAAGCAGUAGUAGAUCUGCCCUGCUCUGGUUUCAAAAAAAUAAAUCUUCAUUUUUAUCUUUCAUUUUAAGGACUUUCAUCAAGCUACAAUCACUCAUGUAGUUCUUGUAAAAAAUGUGGUGCUGUUCCAACACGGGCAGUAUGUUCAGGUAUGAGAUGGGUUUAAUUCAUGAUUUUGUAUGUGCUAGAUAUCUUAUAAUCUCUGUAGUUAGUUACAUUUUGCUACUUUGAGUGUCCUUACUUACAUUAUGAGUUCCAGUAAACUUAGAUUAACUUAAGGACUUUUAUAAUCAUGCAUUCAUAAAAUUAAAUUAAUUAAACCCCUUUUUUUUUAACGUCCUCUGAAUAAAUUAUAGUCCCAGAAGCACCUGGAAAAGUAUUUGCUAGAUGACUGGAACCAAGUGGAAAAGGAACUGCUUAGAGUACGCAGUCUUUGGGGACCCCAAACAGGAUCAAGGUUGGACAAGAUGGUUCUAGAUGUAACAGAAGGUAGGCAUUCAAAAAAGGAGAGGGAUAUACUAAAAUAAAUGCUUGCAUAUGAUUGUUUCCUAUUUGUUUUAAUUUGUAUCUUUAAAAAAUUCAAUAUUUUUACAUCACUAUAUUUGCUUUGACAUUUUAGCUAAUUUAAUUUUAACAAGAAAUUCCAAGAUGUUAAAUAUUGUGGGUAUUUCUUCUGUGAUAGUUACCUAAAAUCUUUUCUUCCAUCAAAGGUCCUUUCCGAAUGAGAAAGAAAAUGAUGAAAAAUGAUGUGUUUUAUGUUCACUAUCCAUAUCGGCCUAAUUUGGAAGACAGUGUAAGUUGAAAAUAUUUUUACUACUUUUGAUUUUAUACAAUAGAGCUAUUUAGGUAGGUUAUUUAAAACUGUUGACCAAUUCUUGGUUUAUUUUGUCUUUAUUAACAGCCUUUGAGAUACAAGGUGGCUAUCAGCUUUGACAGUAAAGAAUAUUACGAACAUUUCUGGCCACAAGGGAUACUGUGUAUGGAGGCAGCCCCUAUACAGAAGACCUCAGAUGCUGAUCUGAUAAAUACAUACACAGAGAUCAGCUCUGGAUCUCCAGAAGGUAUAUAUAGUGUAAAUUUCUUUAGUAUUAAUUAUCUGGCACAUCAUCAGGAUUUGAAUUUACUAAAACUCAUUUUUAUUUAAAACACACUUUCCUUGAACAUUUUUAAAAAUCGGUUAGAAUUUUAAAAAUUAAAAUGAUAAUUAUGUUCACAUGGGGUUAGACAAUUAUCUUUCAGUCAUCAAGCUAAAAAAAAUAGCUAUAAUUUUAAAUAUUUUUGUUUCAGCUUUUUAUCACUUAGGGUAAAUGAAGUCUCAAGUACUCCCAAGUAUAAUAUUAAUUAAGGUGUUCAAGAAAAGGGUAAAUUUAGUCCUAAGUACUCCCAAGUCAAAUAUUAAUUAUGGUGUUCAAGAAUAGGGUAAAUGAAGUCCUUAGUACUCCUAAGGCAAAUAUUAAUUAUGGUGUUCAAGAAAAGGGUAAAUUUAGUCCUAAGUACUCCCAAGUCAAAUAUUAAUUAUGGUGUUAAAAAAUAGGGUAAAUGAAGUCCUAAGUACUCCCAAGUCAAAUAUUAAUUAUGGUGUUCAAGAAUAGGGUAAAUGAAGUCCUAAGUACUCCCAAGUCAAAUAUUAAUCAAGGUUUUAAGAAUUAUGUCAUGCCAGUUACGGGCCACUCAUAAUAAAAUACAAUUUUUAAAAAAAUUUAAUUGAAAUGAAACAAAAUGUAUUUUUUGAAUAAAACUGAGAUUGAUCAUUAUUUCUAAAAGCAGGGCAUUUUUAAUCUCACCUCAAAAUAUUCAAAUUGACAAUUUUGUACAUUUGAAGGCCACACAACAUUGCCAUAUUGGUCAUACUUGCUCCAGAGCACCUCAGAAGGACAAAUUUGAUGAAUGUAAAAAUGAAAUGAACUAGUUUUCAUGUCAUCACUUAUUUAAUGGAGAUAUGAUUUAAUCUAUUAGCUUAUAAACUACCAAGAAUUUAAAAUAUCCAAAAGUGUAACUUUUGUUUUCUUAUAUUUUAGAUGUAAACAAUCUGAAGAAAUUGUUGCCCAGAGCAAGCCGUUCAAAGUCUACAGGGGAAGAUGAGGACAAUGAUGACAACAACCUUUACUCACAACAAGUUGAACUUGAGAGGUCAGAGAGUACUGUAGAAAGAGCUGACAGUGUUGUGGAGCGGUCAGAAAGUGAAGGUCAGGGUGACAGCCAAAGUGACCCCACCAAUGAUGUUAGUUCCUCACCUACAACAAAAGCAGACAAUCAAACUAUUCUCCAUUUCAUAGGUGAAAAGGAAAGGGUGAGUUCACAUAUACUUUUAGAGUUCAGACUCUCAUGUUAUUUAAAUAAUAAAAUCUAAAACUAAAAGACAAUUUUGAGUAAAGUACAUUAAUUAUACAGUGACACACCCCAACCCCCUCCUUCCCUCUUUCUAAACUUAACAAGUUCAUUACUUUAAAACAAACCUAGUAUUUGUGUAUUUAUUUAUUACUGAAUUACCCUGCUUAAAAAAGAUUUACUUUAAAAAAAUUCAGUUUCCAUUAUAAAUAUAUUUUUUAUGUAUUUGAUUAGCAAAGAACAGUUUUCUUUUUUAUUCAUUUACUGAUUUAAAAUAAAUUAUUUUGAGCAAUAUCGAAUCAAUUUUUAAUAUUUUAUAUACUCAUUAGUAUGCAACAAUAAAGUUAAUGAAGAUAACAUUUAAUUCAUUGAAAUGAAUCUAUUGCUUAGUAUAAUACAGUUUGGUGCACAUAAUCCAGAUUUUGUUUCUAACUCUAUUGAAUUUAUUAGACACAUCUUCACAGACACAUAACAGAAUUUAUUCUUUUUAUAUUUAUAAAUAUAAUAUUUAUUGUUUUAAAGACAGGUUAAUUCAAGUCAUAUGUUAUUUUCAGAUAAGCCACAUGUUUAGAUGUGCCAGAAUCCAAGGCUUGGACACUGCUGAAGGCCUGUUGUUAUUUGGAAAAGAGCAUUUCUAUGUCAUUGAUGGUUUCACAUUACUCAGGACUAAGGAAAUCAAAGAUAUUGACUCACUGCCGUAUGAGUACGUAAAUGCACUAAUUCAUCUUAUAUGCACUGGCUCAUUUUGUUUUUAAGGUUAUGUUGCUAUUAGUAAUCUCUAUUGUAAUUGUAUAAGCUGGACAUAUAAAAUUGGGUGUUAAUCGGAUGGCAAGCUGUUCAUUGAAAUGUGUUUUAUCCCGUGACUUUAUAUAAAGACAAAAUUACUUAUUAUUAUUAUUAAAUGCUUAUAAAAGUCUGUGUUAUUCAUGCAGGAUCCAUGACCCAAUCAUUCCUAAAUCCUCGAUGGGAGCAGGCAGUUACCUCAAGCGCAUGUAUGUUUAUUGGUAUUGUAUUUUUUAUAACUAAGUAAAAAGCGUAAAAAUUAACACCAUCAUUAUUUGUGACACGAUUUGCUACUUUUCUGUACCUAUUUUGGAACAUUUAUAUUUAAUGUUAUCUUUCUUAUUUGACACAGUUUUUCUGCAGUUUAUGUGAUGGCUUGAAUUUUUUUUAAAAUAUUUUUUUUAGGUACAGUAGAUUUGCUUAUGAUGACAUCCGAGAAGUUCACAAACGCAGAUACUUGUUACAGCCUAUUGCAAUUGAAGUGUUUUCAGGAGAUGGCAGAAAUCAUCUCUUAGCCUUUCCACGCAAGAUAAGAAACAAAGUUCUGACCAAGUGAGUAUAAACAUUUAAAUUUGAAAAAUGAAGUAAAUGUUUAAAUAGAAAUUAACUAGGCAUAAAAAAUAAUUGCAUUAAAAAUGUUAAGAAAAAAACAAGAAUUUAGCAAUAAUGCUUCUGUUUUUAUUUGAAACUUGACAGGUUCUUGUCAGUAGCCACUGCCAUGACCGAUAAUGCACAACACUCUGUGUCAGGUCAAAGGCAGAAUGCUAAAGUAGAAACAGGGUAAGACAAGACUAGAUUUGUUGCCUGGUUCAUGCCUUAAGCUGAACAGAAGUAUUAAUUAUUUGGAAAGUUUAGUGUGAUAGUGGCACACCAUUAAUAUAAGAAAUGACUUUCCACACUCCACAUAACUAUGUGUUAUCUUCUUUGUGACUUCAGUUAAAAUUACAUUUCAUUUCCAUUAGCCCUUUCAUGGGCAGUUUUCUAAAGUAAUUAUUCAUUGAAUUUGUGAGUGUACCUUUGAAUGAAUGAAUUGAUCCAGUUAUAAUCAGAAAGGCUCCACAAAUAUUUCAAAAAGAAAUGCUUUGAGAAAUUAUAAAUUAUCUACUAUUUUUAGAAAAAAGUUACUACAGAUAAACAUAAUAUUUCAGAGGUGGUAUCAUCAGUAACUUAAUUGGAGAAAAAUCUGUCACACAGAGAUGGGAAGUAAGUUUGAACUAUUUUGUACUCAUUGUAUGCCUAAAGAUUUUAUUCCAUGAAAUUGGUUACAUUAGUUUUAUAUUUUGUAGUUUAGUUACAUUGCUGUGGGUAUAAAUGAAAUUCUAGGUGCAUGUUGUGUGUUAGGUUGUUUCAGUUUAAAAUAUUUCUUAAUGUCUUAUUUUUGUUUUCCACUAAAAGAAAGGAGAAAUCAGCAACUUUCAGUACUUAAUGCACCUGAACACUUUGGCAGGAAGGUCUUACAAUGACCUUAUGCAAUAUCCUGUGUUCCCUUGGAUCAUUGCCAACUAUGACACUGAGGUUGGUGAGACAUAUUUCAUGUUAUACGCACAUAAUUAAAGAUAAACAGCUUGGGUCAAAUCUGUUGAGCAUAUAAUAGUAGCAAAUUAGGUUUGAAUUUGAAAUGCAUUCCUUGAUAGAAUAUUUUAUUUCAACCAGGACCUUGACCUUUCCAAAGCUUCAAAUUUCCGUGACCUUUCAAAACCAAUGGGGGCUCAAACACCUGUCAGGCUGCAACAAUUUCAAAAGAGAUAUAAUGAAUGGGAUGAUCCCCAAGGUGAGUCAACAAUUUCAAAAGAGAUAUAAUGAAUGGGAUGAUCCCCAAGGUGAGUCAACAAUUUCAAAAGAGAUAUAAUGAAUGGGAUGAUCCCCAAGGUGAGUCAAUAAUUUCAAAAGUGAUAUAAUGAAUGGGAUGAUCCCCAAGGUAGGUGAGUCAAUAAUUUCAUUAUACAACAAAUUCCAACACUAUUUGAUCUGAUUUAAUGUCAGAGAGGUCUUUUUUCAAUUUUUAUUUUGUCUUCAUAUAGUUAAUUGAAUUAAUUCUUGAUAUGUUUUUAAUCUUACAAUAUUUCAAACCAACAGCACAAAAAUUUAAAAAAAUGAAAAUUCUUUAUCAUCUUUAGGAGAGACACCACCUUACCAUUACGGUACCCACUAUUCUUCAGCCAUGAUUGUAGCCUCUUAUCUUGUACGCAUGGAGCCAUUCACUCAACAUUUUCUCAAACUUCAGGCAAGUGUCUACUGACUUAGAAAGGGGGGACGGGGGUGUUGUUAAAUUGUUGAAAAUUUUAAGGACUUAAUUUUUAUUGAUUUGUUUAAACAAAUGUCAGAUUUUUUCCUUUUGGUGAAUUCAUCAUUAAAAAUUUUUUGUAUCAGGGAGGUCACUUUGACUUGGCUGACAGAAUGUUUCAUAGUGUCAAAGAAAAUUGGAUGUCAGCAUCAAAGAACAAUAUGGCAGAUGUGAAAGAAUUAAUUCCAGAAUUCUUUUACCUCCCUGACUUUCUUCUCAACAAGAACAAUUUUGAUUUAGGUACACAAUUUAUAUAUUUAUGUCAACUGUAGUCAAAGCAUGCCAUUUUCUCACAGCAAUGAAUGCUUAUGGAACAUUGUCAAGAAUGUUUCUUUUAAUAAAUUGGCUUAAUUAUUUCUCUCUGGAACAACUCAACAUGUAGGUAUUCGUAAAAUUAUGCAAUCAAAAUCUAGGGUUUUCCAAAAUAAUUAUUUUUCUUUAUCAAAUAAAUGUUUUUGUAUCCUUUUAGGUAAAUAAUUUUUUAUAAUUAUUUUAAGAAAGAAUUUUUUUUUUUUUUUUAAAGGGUCAAAGCAAAAUGGCGUUGCAUUAGGAGAUGUAAUUUUGCCACUUUGGGCAAAAGGAGACCCAAAAGAAUUCAUUCGAGUUCACAGACAGGUGAGAACAAAGGGGCAUAUUUAAACAAAUAUAACAUAUGUCUAGGUUUUUAUAAAAUAAAAUACAAUUUAUAAUAUUAUUCAAUUUUUAGAAAGAGAAUCUAAUUUUUUUUCCAGGCUCUUGAGUGUGAUUAUGUCAGUGCCCAUUUACAUGAGUGGAUAGAUCUAAUCUUUGGCUACAAACAGUGUGGUCCACCUGCGGUGGAAGCAGUCAAUGUCUUUCACCAUCUGUUCUAUGAAGGAAAUGUGGAUAUUUACAGCAUUGAUGACCCCUUGAAAAAAAAUGCUACCAUUGGAUUCAUCAACAAUUUUGGACAGAUCCCAAAACAAGCACGUGAAUUUUAACCGAUCAUUAUUCAGACUGGUCUAAUGUUUAGUCUUAAAUGGUUGUUUUUAAGUAUUAAUCAUUGUUAAAAUAACGCACUCUCAAAAUGUGCCAUCAGAAUUUUGGCAUCAAGCAUAAGAAAAUCAUUACAAUAAUUUUUGCAUUUGAACUUGUUGCAGCUGUUCAAGCGUCCACAUCCACAAAAGAGACUAAACAUUCCUGUCAAUACUUUGUUCUUCCAUCAUGUUGACAACCUCAAACCAUCCAUGCAGCCAAUUAAAGGUAUGAUAGUUUAAUUCUUAGGUCUUUCUAUCAAGUCUUGUUUAUUAGUAUAUACCAAUAUAAUGAUUCCUAAGCAUAUGUUUUAUAUUCGUGUGUACAUUGGUCUGACCAGACAGUGCAAUUAACCAUGUAAGAGUAUUUAUUCAUAUGUUUUCUUAAUUAUUGGACAGAAUUGAAAGGUGCAGUGGGGCAAAUCCAUCACCUUGAGAAGUACUUACUGGCAGUUGAACAGAACAAAGUUCUGAUACCCCCUGGACACACUCGUCACCUGGCGUGGGGAUUCUCAGACCUCAGCAUCAGAAUUGGCCCUUAUGAAUCAGAGAAGGUAAAGUUAUUAUUAAGACAAUGAGAGUGUUGCCUAAAUAAUUUCUAAAUUACUUAAUCAAAUUCUCUAGCUUCUCUACAUUGGUAUUAUGACUCUCUGGUUGUUACAAAUGUUGAAGUUAUUUCAAAUAACCAUGUUGCCAAAACAAAGCUUAAUACUGGGGCACUUGGCCAUGUGUAGGAUAGGGCAGGUGCACCAUCAUCUUCAUGGGAGCCCAAGCUACACAAUAGUCCUUAUAGAAGCAUUGCUGCAUUACAUUUCAAUUUGGUCCAUAUUUAGUUAUCUAUUGCUUAUAUUAAGCCUUUUUCCCCCAUCCACAAUUUUUUAUAUUUUACAGGCAACGUUAGUUUUUGAAGGUCUUGACAAUGGAGAAAUUUUGUGUGCCUCAUGUCCUAAUGAUAAGAUCUUCAUUACUGGUGGGACAAGUUGUGUAAGUUUAACUUUAAGUUCACCCUUAGUUACAGGCUCUUUAUGCUGAUGGCCAUUAUGCAGUUAAAUUAUUAACACAUAAACUAGUAACAUUUAAGAAAGGCCAGUUGUAAUUUUAGCUUUAAAAUAUAAAAUCUCCCGAUUUAUGGGUUUAAAGUCCGAUUUCAAUUAAAUCUGUUGCUGCUAUUACUUUGGCUCUCAUACGCUCUAUAUGUGAAUCCGCAGGCUGAAACUUGUUCAGUUAUUGAACAAAAUUAAUAACAAUAUGCAAUUAAAUAAUGAGAUGUCAAAAAUAUAAGAUCUUUUUUGAGACAGGAUCAGAUGGGAAUAUUGGCCGUGAUCACUAAACUUUUCAUCGUUAACUCAGGUUGUAAAUGUUUGGGAAUACUCAAACAAAGAGCGCAAAGCUACACUUAAACAACCGUUGUACGGUCAUACAGAGCCCGUGACAUGCCUGACAUCGUCGGCAGCUUACAGCUUAAUUGUAAGUGGCUCCAGAGAUCGUACUUGCAUCCUGUGGGACAUGAGCCGCCUGGCAUAUGUCCAUCAACUGAGGGGACAUGUGGCGCCAGUUGCAGCGGUGGCCAUCAAUGACCUUACAGUGAGUGGCAAACAGAAAUCUGUCAAUUUUUAGGAAAAGAGAACAUGAAGCAUUAUAAAAGAGAAACGCUGUCAUUUAGAAUCAUAUUUAUUUUUCAUUUUUUAAAUGUUGAAAAUAAUAUCCAAUGCUUCAACUUCAUUAUUGAAAUGAAAAAUUAAAAUGAAACAUCUUUUUAUAAGCACUUGAAUAUUAUAUGAAUUUCUUUCAAGAUAUUCAUGAAAAAGAUAGUAGCCAUGGUACAUUUUAAAUUUGUUUGUCUUGUCUUACCUAACAACCUACAACUUUUUACAGGGAGAUAUAGCCACUUGUGCUGGCACAUUUCUACAUGUGUGGAAUGUCAAUGGGGAGGCAAUAGCCAGUGUCAAUACUUCCACUGGUCGGAAUCAACAAAUACUCUGUGUCUGUCUUUCACAGGUAAGUCUGGCUGUCAUAAAAAAAAUAAAAACAAAUAUCCUGCAUACUAGGUAAUUUUAAAUGCACUCUCAUGGUGGCAAGUGUUUGCAGAAUGAAUAGCCAACAUGACUGAAAGUGAUUCAUUGUGGCUGAAUGAGUCAAUGGUCCAAAUUCACUGCAACCCUAAGGAUGCUGCAAACUCUCCUAUUAAUAAAUGGUCCUCUCAAAACUAGAAUUAGUUAGUGACAUUUGCAGCAUUGAAAAGUUCAUACUUUUACAUGUCCCUUCAAUGUUCAAAUACUAAUUUAUAUAUACCCUAACCCCCCACCCUUAGCAUCCGUGACAGAAUCAGAAUAUGAUCCAAUAUAGACUUUUAUUAAUUGUGGAAUUUUCCCUAUUGUUCUUUUUAUCACUAGAUGAAUGAAUGGGACAACCAGAAUGUUGUACUCACAGGAAGCAGUGAUGGUGUUGUUAGAGUAAGUACCUAGAGGUCAAAUGCAUUUUUUAACCUUAUACUCUGAAGUUUUUUGAAAAUAUUUUGAUGUUCCUUGUUUUUUUUUUUUAUUGUUAUUUUAUUUCAUUAAAUUUUUGCAGUAAAAUAUCUAAUUCAUGUUGGGAUUAUUCCCAUUUUAAAAAAAAAAUCCGGCUGGGAAACUUUGGAUAUAAGAGUUUAUGUAGUCUAUGAAAAUCAUAAUUUAGCAUUUAUGUAUUUUGCACAUAAUUAAUUGAAAAAGCAGAAGGAAGAUUUUGUCCUUAAAAUAUUAUGACUGUGUUUUAUAGAAAGGAAGUAGACAAAUGUCUUUAUACACACAAAAAAUAAGGGUAUUUUAAAUAUAUAUGUUUUCCAUUCAAAUAAAUAAGAUUUUUAUGACAUUCAGAUUCUGCAUAAGAUAUUGUGUAUAGAGCUGACUAAAUUUUAAAAAAUUCAACCAUAUCUUAAAAAACUAGUGUUGUUAGGUAAAUCAGAUGCAAUUUUAGGAAUCAACGUCCAAAUAACACUAGGAACAGACCUAAAAGUCAUCUGACCUGUGUUAUAAAUAUGAUAAAAAUAGCAUGUUCUGAAAAAAAGUCACAUUUAUUGACAGAUGUGGAGUGUGGAAUAUGUUCAAGUUCCCAGAGAUACCGCUCCUGCAACAAAAGGCACAGCUAAAGAUGAAAGUUCAUCCCCAAAUUCUGCAACUUCUCAACCCAUAAAUACAGUCGGCAAAAUUUCCCGCCACAGCUCAAGUGAGGGAUAUACAGGAAUAAGAAAACUUUCUCGCCAUGAAUCCUGUGAUAGCUACAGUGAUGGGAAACCUGCAGUUGAUAUGCUCAAAGAUUUCAAAGACCCAGAUUUUCUAGCAGCCAUGGAUUGUGACCUUGGGUCAUCUGAAGAACAAGACAGUCCGUUUGCCAAAAGGCUAAGAGAUGAAGACACUUGGGAGAAGCGGAAGAGUGCAUACGGUUCCACUCUGAGCACCACAAGCAGUGCAAGUGAUUUGUACAAAGCCUCAGAAGAUGUCAUAAGUGUCCAGGAAGGUGUUGAAGUGGACAAGCACAGUCUAAAAUCAGGCAGUAAUGGCAUUGAUACUGCAGCUGAUGCCUUGGUUGAACUUGGCUGUGGAAACACUUCCAAUGAUGAGAGCAGCGGUGCUGAGACCAAGAGAAGUGUUGGAGACAGAAACUCCAUGUCAGAGGUAUGUAGUAGAUAUCGACACAUAUCAUUCUAAUGGAGCAAUCCUCAAUUUGGAGCAAACCUAUUCAUCUUCAAUUUUACGGCAGCAUACGGUCAAAAAGAAAGAGAGCACACAUUUAAAAUCAGAGUGAAGAAUGAAAUUUAUUUAUUACAUUUUUAUUAUUUGUUUAAAAAAGUCAUCUCGGAAAAAAAUUCAGUUAUAAAGUAGUACAGGUUGACGAGAUAAAAUCUAUAAUUAAGUUCAAAAUUGUAUGGGAAUGUCUAGGUACCAAACCAAAGGCAUUCUUCCACCACUGAGGCAAGUGAAAGUGACAUCACUCGCAGUGAAUCCUUUGAAAUGAUCAGUGAUGCAGAUGUAUCAGAAUCAAAGAAAAGAUCAAGCACAGCCACAGAGGAUUUGUUGAGGAAGUACAAGCCCAUUGGAAAAAAUACACUAAGAGAAGGUAUCUUGCACCAUGUUUAAGGUUUUGCUUUCAGCCCAUAACUUAUAAAGAAUUGCAUGAAAUUUACAAGUAGAUUAGUCAGUCUUGGACCACUUUCUAACUUCUCAUGAAAUAUUAAUUUAGAAAACUAACAGAAAUCUCAACUGAUCUUUCAUUUGUUUAUCAGGAUUUUGCUGGCAGAGACAGCUUGUGUUCCGCAGUAAAUUAACCAUGCACACAGCAUUUGAACGUAAAGAUAACAAGGAGCCUGCAGCUGUCACAGCAAUAGCAUUGUCCAAGUAGGUCAAAAUCUUAAUCUAUUCCUAUUAACAAUGUAAUUCUUUACUUUGGUGCCCACUAGUCCUUAUUUCAUCAACAUAAAAGACUUGGAUAUCUGUUUUAGUUUAUUUACCUUAGAAUCAUCCUAGUUUGUUUUUGGUUAUCUUUAACAUUUCCAAAACCAUUUAACCUGAUGUUCAAGCGUUUUACACAACCUUCCAAGCAUUAGUCCUAAUCACCUUCUAAAAUGAAUUUUAAAUAGCUUGUAUUACUUAUAUACAACCAUGAAGAUGAUGUCAAAAUAUUUAAUCAAAUUCUUUGCCCCUAAAGUCAAGUCUAGAAUCCAUGUGUAAGAAAAGGUUAGAUUGAAUUUUUCUCAGUUUACUUUCCCGAGAAGAAACAUGAACCAGACAUAAGGUUAGGUAACAUAUUAAACAACUGAUAUGAAAUUAGUAAAACAAAGUAAGGUUAAACCUGAAAAGGAGCGCAACAAAACAAUGAAAGUGUCGGCAGGAAGCCUUUGUCAGCGAACAAAACAGAAAAAGCAGAAUAAAAUUAAAAUUAAAAAAUAGCAAUUAGCUGAGAAGCAGUAUCCAAGAGGGCAGCAAAUUACAUUUAGACAUUUUUUUUCUUUAAAGGGAUCAUAAAACAGUUUAUGUUGGAGAUGUUAAAGGAAGAAUCUGGAAUUGGACAGUAACCAGCCAGCCUGGUCGAGUCGUUGCUGACCACUGGGUCAAAGACGAUGGUGCUGAAUCCUGUCCAACAUGUGGGGUCAAAUUCUCCUUUGCAGAAAGGAGACACCACUGUCGGAAUUGUGGGAAUGUUUUCUGCUCAAAGUAA